UCUUUAUCGCUCGCUUGCGCGCUUGCGUGCGUGUCGCAGCUCUCGACAUGUCCGCGCGACGGCGGCCGAACGUAUAGUCGUGGUUAUACAGCGGGGCGCGUUGCACUCCGCGAGAGGGUAGUCCUCAGUUCUCUGACGUAAGGGCAGCUCGCAAUUCCCGCGCGAAAUAUACUCACGCGUGUACCCCUCACGCGCUCUCUUUCUCUCUCUCUCUCUUUCUCUCUUUCUCUUUCUCUUGUUCGCGUCGUCGCUGUGCGUGCGUACAUGCGAGUUUGUAAUCGUGCUUCUCGUGUCGUCGCCGUCAUCGUCGUCGACGAGGUGCUCUUUCGUUCGCCGACCCUCCACGAGGAGGAGCAACCCUGUUCGAAGCGAGGAAAGAGAGAGAAGGAUAAGGACGGAGAUACGGUGCACCGUCCGAGUAUACCAAGGUAGCGGGGGAGGAGAAGUGCUCUCUUUGGCAACGUACGGCAGAGUAGCGUACUAUACUCCGGAGGGUGCGCUCGCGCGCGAGGGAGAGAGGAAGCGAAGCAUCGCGGGGCGGAGUGGACGAAGGGUUCAGCUGGUGAGGGACAGAAGAGGGUGAGGAUCGGCGUCCAGCAGAAUGAGAGAAAUCAUCGGACACCGGUCGAGCAGGGACCCAUCGGCCCUUCGCACAAGAGAUGAUUUUUAGAAGGAAGAGGGCAUGACGCACCGAACUCAUGCAGUGGCGAAAACACGUGCGCAUCAAGUACGGUGGUCGAGUCGGUGUCGGUCAAGGACAACGGGAGCGGGAACAGGUGCGGCUGCAGGUGCGCGUGGUGCAGCUGCAGCGGGAAGGGGGCGCAAGACUCAGCUACGUCUGUCAUCAGCCUCAACUCUCGUCGACGGCUCGCCGCAGCUGCAGCGCAACAACCAUGCUCUGCUGCGGCCGCAGGAAAGAGGGCCGGGGGGAAGUGACAGACAUAAGCGCAAGUCCUGGGAGGCAGGCACCUGCCAACCAGUUGCGCCCCAAGGAACCACCCCCCAUGGUCAUUCAAGGAGACUUCAGGAAGGUGAGCGGGAUCAGUACAGAGAUCUUCAAGCAGAUCGAGACUGUCGAAAACGAUCAUGACGCUUCGACAGCGGCGGCCCUCGAAGCUGUCGAACGAAGAGGCGAGAUGGUCGUGCGUGUCAUUGAGCCUCGGCAAAUGGGUAGACAGGCUUCCGAGGCGGCGAAAAAAUUUAUCGCCAUGCAGGAUCCAAAGUACCCUAUCCACUUUGUCGAGAUAAUCAAACGACCAGGACAGACUCUCGGUCUCUACAUACGCGAGGGCAAUGGCGUCGACAGGAACGACGGGGUUUUUAUUUCCAGGAUAGCUCUGGAGACUGCCGUUUACAAUAGUGGCUGUUUAAAGGUGGGCGAUGAGAUCCUGGCGGUGAAUCUGGUCGACGUGACGCAUAUGAGUCUAGACGACGUCGUCAUCAUCAUGUCGAUACCGAGGCGACUCGUUUUGGCCACAAGACAUGGUUCACAUCAACCGGUUUCACAUGUUCGCCAGACUGAGCACAAGGCACCACCCGUGGUAGUAAUCAAGAGGGAAUUGAACGAGGACGAGAAUGACCACGUGACUAGUAAUCAUGUACACCCCUUCUACACGGGGCCCAUGAUGCCCUCGUCGAAUGGCCGACGUAUGUCGACGGGUGGCGGAAUGCAAUCAGUCGGCGGCAGGUUGUCGGGUCAAACCGCGCAAUCGACUCAUUACGGCUUCAGCCAGCACACCGGAAGUGGAAGGAUUAUGCCGAGAAGCGGUUCCGACCAGCACCUACCCCGAGUCGAUUAUACAAGUAUCACGACGCCGGCGCGACAUACCCUUCUUAGAUCCAGCUUGAAAUCAGGUACAUCAGCAUUACGUUACAAUACGAGGUAUGGUGGACAGACUGACAUAACGUCCGCCGCGCAGAGACAAGGACAAUUUGGCACCUUGACGAGGCGACAUCGACCUUCAUUGGACUAUGCCUCCGACACCGAGGCUACGUGCUCCAGCUCGCCGAAAUCAGCGUAUUACUAUUAUAGGCACAACAUGAACAAUCCACCUCAAAGUAGCGUCGUAUCGCAUUUAGCUACCCUCUCGAGGUCACAAAUCGGUCAGAGUUCCUCAGGUUUAAGGUCAAACUCGUUACCACGAAGCGGUCGGACGUUGCCUCAGCAACCCGGUCUCAGAUCGGGUCUCAGCACGGUCGCGUCGGGCCUGAUCGAUCAAGAGGACAGCGACGGCGCUUUAUCGGCGCCGGAAUUGCCUUCCAUCAGGCGUGACAGAGGCAGGAUACCGUCCUCGCCGAGCGUAUUUACGUCGGACGAGUAUCGCGCCUGGCUAAGUCGCACGCCAAGCACCAGCGCCUUGUACGAGCAGAUCAGGGCGACCACGAGUAGACCACCUCGUUACACAUACAGCGCCGAGAAUAUUCACGCAGCCGUCAAUCAGGGUGAGUAUGGCAGUUAUGGUGGGUAUAGACCGCUCUCGAGCACUCUCGAUCGCCUGUCGACGAGAUCGGCGUCGGCCCAACAGGUCAAUCUCGCAAAUCUCAGAGCGUCAACGGCAAUCAGCUCGACGUGUCAUCGAGGUACAACGAAUCCAAGGCCAGCCUCGGUAGCGUCGAGCGCACGCUCGUCGCUCGUGACCCAGAAACCGUCGUUAACGAGCUCCGCGAGCCAAAGGGCGACAUCAGUCAGAAGAAUUAGAAAUCUGUUGGACCUUGAGUCCACGAGGAGCAUACCUACCCCAACGCCUACUAGAACUCAGGGUCAAAUACUGCUAGAUAUUAAUCCUGCAGAGUUCCUCAAGUAUAAAAUAGAGAAGCCGCCGACUGUGGGCACUCCGAGCUCAACGAGCUCCCUUUUGAGUUCACUCGGGGAGACGACUGGUGGCGAUUUCGCGAGCGGAGUUAGCGGAUUAUUGUCGGUCCAUCUCUUAGCGGGACGCGGGCUUCGAACGACUACGACCUCAUCGGCUGCUACUACACCUUCCACUCCCUCCGGUCAACCGAAUUUAGCUAGUUGUGGCUUGAGAGACUUGUAUUGCGUACUGGAGUGCGACAGAGUGCACAAAGCGCGAACAGUAGUGCGAACCGGCGAUUUAAUGUUCGACUGGGACGAAACCUUCGAGCUGGAUCUCGUAGGCAAUAGGCAGCUGGAUCUGCUCGUUUAUUCUUGGGACCCGCAGUACAGGCAUAAACUCUGUUACAAGGGAUCGGUGCAUUUAGCGAGUCUGCUGAAAGAGUCGCCGGAGCAUCAACUGGCUGUCAAAGUCGAACCACGCGGUACAAUCUACUUAAAACUGCGAUACACCGACGCUCAACAAACUUUCCGUCGAAGAGGUCUACCGGUCAUAUCUUUAGCUACAAGAGUCGCACCUCUUUUCGGAGUUGAUCUGGAUACAGUGGUAAGUCGAGAAACUAAGACUGGCGGAGUUCCCGGUGGAGUUUCCACGGCUUUGGCGAUGGGAGUCCCGAACAUUCCGAUUAUCGUAUGGCGUUGCGUCGAGGAGGUUGAGAGAAGAGGGCUCGAUAUCAUUGGUUUGUAUAGACUCUGCGGUUCGGCGACUAAGAAGAGGAUACUUAGGGAAGCUUUCGAAAGGAACGCACGGUCCGUGAAUCUAUCGCCCGACAACGUACCGGAUAUCAAUGUCAUCACUGGCGUUCUGAAAGAUUAUUUACGAGAACUCCCGGAACCUCUCUUCACGAAGUGCCUCUACCAAAUGAUGGUCGAUGCACUGGCCGUCUGUUUACCAGACGACCCGCAGGGCAAUGCUAAACUUAUGUUCAGUAUACUAGAUUGUUUGCCUAAGGUCAAUAGGUGCACAUUGAUUUACUUGCUGGAUCAUCUGGCGAUGGUGGUGUCACAGUGCAAUAAAAUGUCACCAGCAAGUCUUGCCGUUUGCUUCGGCCCGGUAUUAAUGUUACAUUCGGACGAAAAUGCACCCCCGCUGGAUUUCCAACAACCGAUAGCCGUACUUAAGUAUCUGCUGGAGAUUUGGCCGGUCAAGUCAGUUCGGAAGACUUCUUCAGCCGGUUCAACACUUCCUCGAGUUAUGCCAGCAGUCGAGCGCAGCAGCAGUCAGCAGCAUCUGCAACAGGCGCAGCAAUUGGUGCAACAACAGCUACAGGCGCAACUACAAGGAACAUUGGGACGCACAGGGCUGCCUUGGCAGCAGCCACCCUCACUUCAUCAUCAACCCCAAACUACGGCAGCCGCAGUCCUCGGGCCCUCCAUUCGUCCUCCACCACCGGUCAAACCUCGACAGGUGAUAGUCUCAUCUCCCGGUUCACCUAGUAGCGAGGAGUCGGAGGCCUCGCCGGAGCCGAUUAACAAGGGCCUCCUGGGCAAUUUAGGAUACGAAAAGAGCGACGAGACGACAACGACGACGACGACGACGUCGAGCGCGUCAGGCGGAAUUAGUAUCGGCGUCGGCGUCGGUGCCGGUGCCGGUGCUGGUGUCGAGCAGAUAACGCCGACGAGCAGCGUCGACACCGAAGAAGGUAAUCCCCACCAUCCCGAAGAGGGUGAGAAGGGCGUCGAAGGUGAUGUUGAGGCGAGCGACGACGAUCGACAUCAGCACAUACCUAAAACGCAUUAAUCGCUGCCAUCGCGCGGGCAAUGAACGCAGUGAGUAACGAAGAGGCUGCGAAAGGAGACGACUUUUCGCGAACAAACGUACUCCAAAGUUUGAGGACUGCUUCGUGACUUUGUACGUAUUGCUUCGUUCAUCGAAGUUGGACGUAUGGCCCAAAGGAUAGGUCGAUCAACCCAGAAAAUGAAAUGGAAUAUUGUGAAGAAAAUAGAGAUUACUCGUUAAUUUCAUAAGAUCGUCCUGUAAAUGUUCUCGGAUUAAUUGUUUAGUUUUAUAGAUACGAGAUAGGAAACAUGUCAAAGUGAGUAAGCCUUCGGACACAAGUUUUCCCGGUCUGUGUGUGCACGGUGCUAAUACUCGAAUGUCGAUUCGUAAGAAUUGCACAUUUGUUGCACAUUUCGAUCGAAAACUAUCGCGAUUAAUUGAUUUUAGUCAAUUGUGUUGGGCAUGGCUGCUUGCGAGAAAGAUUUGUUAAAAUUAAACGGAAAGGGAACAAAACAAAAGAGGUAGAGAUGGGAAGAUGACCUCGUUCGGUUAUUAUAGCCAAAUUGUGCUAAAGAACUGCUAUGUAGCUAUGAAAUUAAAACUAACGAUAUACUAAAUUCUUCCCUUGAAUGUUACGUCUCAUUUUCUAAUUAAAAAAUUGAGUUUCGUAAAAAGAUAAAGUAUGCGAUUUAUAAAUUUAUAAUAGUCAUGUAUUUAUUUAAAUGUAUGAAAUGCGUUACUGAAAUGCAUUACUGAAAUAAUCAAGCUAUCAAACGAAGAGAUGCGAGUGCUACGACUGUUACUCAUUAUAAGAAGGCAGAUCAAAGACACGUUCGUUCUGUCAGACGCAACAAUAGCCCGGAUAAAUAGAACCGGAUCGAAAUGAUAAAACAAGUUCCGCAACAAGAAAGAGGGUAUUUACUAUGUUAGAAAGUCACUACUGGGAAAGCAAUUCCAACAAUCGAACACGUUCAGUCCUCCAUACAUUAUGGAAGUUUCUCCGAGUUAUGACCUUUCGAGUCAUGAUCUCUUAAAGCAGAUAGUAGAUUGCAAAUAAAUGCAUCGCAUACAUCUUGCCCUCGAUGCUCUUUUCCGGGAGAUUACAUAAAGAUGAGAAAGGAAAAAAAGGUGGAAGAAAAGAAGGAGGUAGAAACAAGGUUGCCCCUCCGCGAUCGUCAUCGUCGGCAUCUCACUAUCAUCAACAUGACACACAAUGAUAACACAAUACACAGAGCUUAAACAAGCGAGCCGGUCAACGAGGAUGCGCACGUGGCAUACAUAAUAAUCAGUUUAUAUGCGAAUAUACUAUAUAUACAUAUUAUAUAUACAUAUGUAGACUAGUCACGAUAUUACGUGUGCUUUUGAUAAAAGACUAUUACUUGUAGCGUUAGCUAGCUCUCGUAUACAGAACAAAAGGAUACAUGAACAAACAAAUCGACAAACAAACAAAUUAACAAACAAUUAAACUAGACGAUAUACAUAAUAUACAUAUAAAGAUGUUAUAUAUACUUUGGGGAAGAGAGAGUGCGAAGACACGACGGUGUUUCAACAUGUCGACAAUAGGACACGUAGGUAUCGUUUGAACAUGUUUGCAUCAAGGGUGUAGUACCGGACAAUCAACUGGCUAUUGUAUCAAUACCGGUCGAUUGAUUGUCCGAGAUUGAAUCGUAAUUGAAGAAAAAAGAACAUAAAAAAAGAAAGAAGUGGUUACCGCAAGAAAAACUGACCGAAAAUGAUAAUAAUUACGAGUAAACAAAGAAAUGCUACGAUUAAUUAAUUAUACUUUUAAAAAGAAAACGUAAAAACGAGUAAAAAAUAGCCAGUAUUAUUAUACGUCUAAAGCUGUAAAAUGAUGAUCGCGCGAAAGAAAGAGUGUGAGAGAAUGAAAGAGAGAAAGAGCAGAGAUAUGCAAAUAGUCUAA